UCCUUCUCCCACCGACGAUCACGUCUUGGUUUCCGAAAACGAAACGUGAGGUGUAAGACGCGAGUUUUUUUCAUCGGGGGUCGAAGAGCAUGGCUUCCGUCCGUUUGAACCAAAGCAGCCGGCGUUCUCCGCGAUUCCAUACUUUUGCAGAUUGCGAAGCGUAGAAGCGAGCAGUGGGCCAUGGCCGACGACAAGGUGCAGACGGUGGUGGCCGAGGUAGAAGAAGACGAGGACCACCCCAACUACAAGCCACCUGCAGCCAAGAGCCUCAAGGACAUCGUUGAGGCCGACAAGGAGGACCCGUCACUCCAGAAGUACAAGGAGACGCUGCUAGGGGCCGCCACUGCGGAGGCCAUUGUUGUCGAACCAGACAACCCCAACCGCGUUCUUGUGAAGAAGCUGGUGCUGGUUGUCGAGGGGAGACCCGACGUCGUGCUCGAUCUCACAGAGGACUUCGAGCAGAUCAAGAAGCGCACAUUCAUCGUCAAGGAGGGCAUCCAGUACCGGAUCCGGAUCGAGUUCUUUGUGCAGCGCGAGAUCGUCACAGGGCUCAAGUACGUCCAGAAGAUAUACAGGCACGGACUGCAGGUGGAGAAGAUGAACCAGAUGGUGGGCUCGUACGCCCCCAAGAAGGAGAUCCAGUCCUUCACAACGCCGCAGGAAGACAUGCCGUCGGGCAUGCUCGCCCGUGGCUCCUACACGGUCAAGUCACUCUUCACUGACGACGACAAGCACGAGCACCUCAAAUGGGAAUGGACCUUCGAGAUCAAGAAGGACUGGGACGACUAGACGACCUCCUCGCCUCCGGGCUCGGACGGUGACUCGGAACCGCGUCUCCGGCAGUUUCUCGUGCCCAACCCUCCCUUCCUCGGCCAGUGGCAACUCACCGCUAGCGACGUAAAAAGGCACCGAGAUUGACCAUAGUUGGCAGAUCGUUGUGAGAAAUUUGUUUUCUGCCGCUCCUACUCUUAAUUCAUCCCCAAGAAGCCGGGUUUCUGCAGCGUUGGUUCCUUUUAGUGUAGCUGGCAAUGCCAUUGCUGCAUUGCUUUUCAAGGUUGGCGCCCCUGCUCGGUGGCUAACCAAGCCUGCCUGCAUUACGUGGCAAGGGUGAGGCUUCUAAACUACACUAGAAGCUCCUCAACAUUGCUGAGAGCAAGCACACCAUCACCUCUCAUAUCACGUGGUCAUUGGACUUCGUUGGCUCUGUUUUGUAGAUGCUGUGAGUGCAUUUUUAUUAAAGUUCAGCUCGCCAUUCACCGAAGAGUGCUUCUAAAAUGCAGAGACCACGUCAUAUGAGCAGUGGUUGGUUGAGUCAAGGUUGAGCAUGAAGAGGGGGAAACCUUAAGAAUUUGAGAGUAGGUGGGGAGAACUCAAAUUUCUCACAUUAUCUGGCUCUGCCUCAGAAUGUUAGUCACUUCACCCAGAGAUAUUGGGGGGGGGAGAUUGGUAGGAAAGCUGUUGCACUGAGACCAAAGAGUGGCUGUACAUGGUUUCCCACCGUUUGCUGGAAAGCAAAUUGGGUUGAACAGUAGAUGCCAAGACGAUCUCUUUGACCAAACUGCGACCCCCCAAAAAAUCGCUUUGUUCUUGCAUUGUUUCUGGAAGCAGAAGUUCCACUAGACCCCACCGUCGGUUAGCGGAGUUGCCCGCAGUGGUGUUGAGCCCGUGAAUGUUUCCGUCGCAUGGAGUGAGAAUGUGAAUUGUGGUUAGUGAUGGCCAGCGUUCCUGCAUUUGUUGUUGUUCAGGGAUUGUGAGUCUGGGUGCAGCGACGAUGACUGAAGCUGCCUCCGUCAUUGGGCUGCACUUGUUAUACGUAUUGUGUACGAGGCUUGUUGCAAAGGCCACAGUAAAACUACUUAUAGUACACCUCUGAAGGAAAGAAAAGAGGAAAAAAAGCCACACGUUGAUGACACAUCAAUCUGACCGACACUGUUGGUUUCACGGUCUGUUCGGUGGCAUGCACGCUUCUUCAGCAUGGCUGCCAGAGUGUGGCAGUUUCAGCUGCUUUGAUUGCUCACUGGGACAAACAUUUUGGUGGGGUUCACGUUGCAGUGCGUUGCCACUGGCCACCGAGUGUUCUCCUGAGUUCUGCGAGAGUUGGAAGUUGAGUGGACAGUUCUUUGUCCCCUCUCUGGCUGUACAUAACGAGGCGUCGUUUCACACGUCUUACAUGCUUCUGUUUUGAUUAUUUUUGUUUUCCACAGUUUGUGAUCGCUUGUUCCUAGCUGGCGUGUUCAGCCAGUGCGAGCACGAUCGAUGACUGCGGCGUCUUUAUUUUUUCCAACUCUUUUUGUUUUUGUGUGUACCACUUUGCUCAGUUUUAUACAACUGGGACCUUUUGUAUUUUUCCCUCUCUCUCUACCUUUCUUUUUGUUACUUACACUAACCGCACAAUACGUCGACGUACAGAGGUGAACGUCGUUAGAGGAUGCCCGUGAUGUGCCCAGGAAAUGCUGCCUCUCGGAUGGAUGGUUGGCCAAUCGGAGCUUUUGGCAAUGUGCGGGAACAGCUUUUGAUGCCCGACGAGAACUGUGAAUUAUAUGAGUAUUUUGAUAGCACUUUGUGCGUCUUGAAAAUCUGGGAUGCCAGUUGGCUCCCCGUACUAUAAGGAAAACAAAUAAAGCUCGGUGUGGUCACGCUCAACUUUUGUAAUGAGAGUAUUAGUCUAGUAAUAAUGCUGCGAGUGCACUAUGCAAAACUGGAGCUGCGUUCUGGACCGAUCACUUUUGGAAUUGGUUAUAAGCUGGUGAGGAAGUUGGAUGUUAUGAAAGGAUCGGCACGCCUUCCAACAGUGUCGCAGUUGUGUUUCUUGGUUCUCAAGUGUUUUGACAGAGUGGCCGUAGCGCUUUUGAGGCGUUGCAUUAGAGGUUGUGUGAAGCUGAACUGAAAAAAAAAAAAGUAUAUCCUCGAAAGUGAUCGGCCUGAGAACGCUGACCCCAGUGUGUGACGUCGGAGAGAUCUUCCUUCUUUUUUUUUUCUGAACCCCCGGCACGAACACUGCGCACCAGAUGUUGUCUUCCUGAUGCAUUGGUGUAUAUUGAGCAGAACGAACUAGAGGUAUAAUUUGCUUUGUUAUUGAUGAGUUUUAUAAUGUGGGGAUUUAUUAGCUAUUUGAAUAGUAAUGUGAAGCUGUGUUAACAUAAACCCUGCGCAUUCUUUUGUUGACUGGGACAAAAGGUUGCCAAACCGGUGCAGUCUGUUUACUGCUCUGCAAACACUGACAAUAGAGCAAGCAGACUGGAAAAAUCCAGCAAAAUAUUUUUCCUGCUCACAAUGCAGAUUGUACGUGCAUCUUCCACAACAGUUUUCCAAGUUUUGCUAUUUGUGUGUCAGUACAGUUAUACAGUGUCUCACUUGCGAUUCGUUGACCAAAAAAUGUGCAAUGCCUGCUUAAUUUCUCCACACAUAAUGACAAUGCACCACCUUGCAGAUUGCGUACGUGGCAUGUUCGCACCGCUGCAGCAAAACCUUGUUAUGUGAGCGCCGAAUCAAACAUCGUCGUGCCCAAAUGUAAGCUUGUCUUUUUUUUUCCUCGCACGUGCCUUUGGUGUUUCCAUCACACGACGUGCCUGCACUUUUGACCGUGUUUUGAUUGCACCGAUAGUUGCGUGCACCGUUUUUUCUAAGCCCGUUUGGAGCAGUAUUUCUAGGCACCGUUGUUGGACUUGACAGGUGAUGUAGCGGCUGUAUAGUUCGACCGAGCUUCUUUUGCAGGAAGUCCUCAAUGUUUUGCACAGAAGCUGAAAAACGUUGCGUUUGUCAUUCUGCUGGCCCCGAUGCCAUCCACUGCAAUAAAGCGUGUGCAACAAA